UCUCUGCCUCUGACAUACAGAGGACGCCUUGUCUUUAGGGAGCAUGACAGCAAAAAAGGGAGUUGCCAAAGUAUAAUAUUAAAAAGAGGGUGUCUUCCAGAAAACAUUCUAUUGUUUUUACAACAGAGAACAGAUCAGUUUUAUGCAAAGGAAACAUCUGAUUCAGUUGCUUCAGUUCAAAAGGAAUUUGCUGUUGUGGACUGAUUCAAGUGUACAGCGUAAAUCUCUUAUCCAAUCAAAUGGCACAGAGGAUGUCUCAUGAAGACAGUGGACAAGAUGGACGAUCCGUCCUUGGGAUGUUAGCCAUCCAGGUGGAGCGAGACCCCAAGACGGGCGCCACCAUUGUUAAAUCGGUAGCCCCAAUCUCCUCAGCUCCUGCUGCUCCAACAUCCACGACCAUCUUUGAUGAUGGAAGGAAAAGCAUCCACACGGUUGGCAGAUUGGAAGGUGAACCUUCCACCAAAGAGCUUGGUGAGAUACUGAGUGUCAUCAAUGAUGUCGGGAUGACGGUGCUGCUUGAUGAAGUAACGGUAACACCGAACAAGCCAGAGGUGACCGCUGGGAAUAUAGAAAGCAGAAACAAACAAGACGAUAACAGCCUGAGUUUUAUCACUCCUAAUGGUACAUCAAAAGAAAACGUUCCACAGUUAGAUAACUCUGAAAACAAAAUGGAAGCAGAGAGGAUGACGCAGAGUUUUACUGUUAGAAAUAUGGAUCAUGAAACUAAAGACACUGAAGAAAUUCUGGAAAACUUGGAAGGUAAAAGCUUGGAGGAAGGUCCAGUCACACUGGUGUUCAUGGGUUACACUGACGGAACACCUGAGGAUGUUCAAAACCAAGAGGACUACGAAGGCAUGCUCACCGCAGAGCAUGUGAUUAUUACUGAGGAUGGAGAGGAAUAUGUAGUAGAGCCAGGGAAUUCUGCUCCAAUUCAGUCGGCCUCAACAAAGGAAAGAGAAGAACAGACGGAGGAAAAGCCUCAAGACAAAACCCUUCAAGAUGUUCCACUGGAUGAUGAUGAUGAGGCACAACCUGAAACCCAGAGAGAAAGCAGUGUUGGGAAUGAGGCAAAGAAGAGGAAGAAGUGCAAGUGUUGCUCUGUCAUGUGAAAUCUAACUAGUAAAAUACACUUUACAGCCUUAAGCACA